AUGGAAAUCGGUUUGCAGAGAGGGGCUGCUGCAGAGCCCGAGGGGUCCUGCUGUGAGCCGGCCCUGCUGCACCUGGAGCUGCACCUGGAGCGGCUCCUGCUCCUCGGAGGCUUGAGGGAGGUGGACGUGGUAGAGGGCUGCCACUGCAGCACCUGCCCUGAGGAAUGGCUUUGGCUCCCGGCCCUGAAAACCUUUCCAGACUCUCCGUGGGAGGUCUGCAAGCACAUGCCCACAAAGUUCAGCACUGCUCUGUUCAAAAACUCACAUGGUGGGGAGGUGGUUCAGACACUGGAGAGCUGCGAAAUGAAGAAAAAAUGCUAUUGUGUCUCCCAGGUGGAAUACUAUGAAAUUGUCCAGAGCUCUGCAGGACACAGGGAGGAACAGGUCAAGGAAAUCGAUGUGGGAAGGUGCUUAGGCAGCUGCUCCUCGGGGGAUCCCUGCUUGCUUAGGUUCCGGAGCCGCCGGGACCAAGUCCGCACCGUCGCUGCCAUCCAGGAGUGCCGGGGACAGGGGACUGGAAGCUGCGGGUGGGGCUCCUGGAGACCCCGCCAGACUGUCUCUUGUAAAAUAAACAUCGUGGGCAAUUUGCAGGUCCUUGGGGCUCCGCUGUGCAGCUCCACGGCCCCUCUGCAUCCAGCCUCCCAGGAGGAUGCAGCCGUCUGGCACGGGCUGGGGGUGCACGAAUUGGCUGCUCCCGCUUGCAAACUAUGGAGCCGGAGACAGUAG